AAUAAAAAGAAAAAAAAAAUUCUUAAACCAAUCUGUAAGAAACUGGGUGUGUGUCUAUUAUUUUUCUUUUUCUUAUUUAUUUAUUUAAAAAAAAAAUAAAGUCUAUAAAUCGUUCACGGUGGCGUUUGUGUUAAGGAAGAAAAGAAUAGAGAAUAGAAAAGGGAAAGAGGAAAAAAAAAAAAAAAGGAAAAACGCAAUUUGGGAAUGGAGAGGAGGAUCAACCGAUUUCAACGUCCAAAUCCAAACCACCAAUGGUCUUCUUCAACUUCUUCUUCUCGGGAACCAACAACUUCUCGCUCCAACAAAUUCUCUGCAAAUCCUCGGGAAUCUUCCAAACCCACUGAAAGUUCAGAUGAUUCACGAAGCAGAGGGAGAAGAAGCACCACCCACCAACAAAAAAAACAAGAACAACAAGAAUAUGCGACUUCUGAUCAUUCCGCCAUUGUUGGAACUUGCUCUUUGAUGUGCCCAGAGAGCGAAAGGACCCAGCGUGAGAGGCUUCGGGAUUUAGCUGUGUUUGAGAGGUUGAAUGGAAAUCCAGCUCAAUCUUCUGCAAGCCUAGCAGUUAAGAAGUUCUGCAGAACCUUAACCACAAAGGAAGUGCAAGCAUCAGAUGUUCGACCUCUCCCUGUUUUGGAAGACACUCUAAACUAUCUUCUAACACUGUUGGACAAUACAGAACAUCAUUUUGAAGUGGUCCAUGACUUCAUCUUUGAUAGGACAAGGUCCAUAAGGCAAGAUAUUUCUAUGCAGAAUAUUGUCAACGAUAAAGCCAUCCAUAUGUAUCAGGAAAUGGUUCAGUUUCACAUCAUAUCUCAUCACAAGCUUAGAAGUUGUCAUACCUCUCCAAAUACUGCUUCAGUACAUUACCUGAACAUGGAGCAGCUUAUAAAGACUCUGACCAGUCUGUUCAAUCUGUAUGAAGCCAAUCGUAGUUCCAAUUCUACUUACAAAAAUGAAGCCGAGUUCCGUUCUUUUUAUGUGUUGCUUCAUCUUGGUUCCAACCGCCAACCAAUGGGAGAGUCACUCUCUGUUUGGUUUCGCAACAUGUCUUCUCCAAUUACCAAUUCGAAGGAAAUGAGUUUUGCCCGGAAAAUUUUACGAUACUUUAGGAUGGGCAAUUACAGGCGUUUUUUAACCGUUACCGAAUCUGAGGCAUCCUACCUCCAGUACUGCAUUAUUGAACCUUAUGUCAGUGAGGUUCGGAUAUUGGCUCUCUCAUGUAUCAAUAACUGCGGCUACAAGCUUCAUCCGUAUCCUUUUGCACGCCUAUCCAAACUAUUGAUGAUGAAGGAAUCCGAUUUGGAGUCAUUUUGCAAGGCUUGUGGCCUUGAAAUUUGCAUGGAUGAAGAAGGAAACAAGUUAUUACCAACCAAGCAAACGACCUUUUCUUGUCCCAAAGAAGCUUUGCAGUGCUACAGCUUCACAGGUUUAGGAAGAUUUGAGACAUAGUAUUUAAGUUGAUUUCCUCAGGUCAAGGUGAGCCCCUAGUCUCCAAUUUGUCCAACUGAGAUGCUUACUUGGAAAUGUGUAAUUGCUUUUGAUAGCAAACUCAUUUGUUGAGAGGCUAAAUUCUAAUUAUUCUCUAUUGUAAAUAUAAAAAGUGUCUGGAUGUCAUAUUUGAAACUGACA